AUUCCCAGCACCCGACCCCGCAGCCCCGGCACCGUACUAUUCAGCCGGCUCGCUGGCGCGGGGGGACGCGGGUGGAGGCAAGAAGCGCAAACGCCCCACCCCGUCCCCUAGAAUAGGCGAGCGGCUCCCUCGAAUCCAGGAGCUCCGCUCCGUCCGUCCUAAAUCCGGCCACGCCCGCCGGGAGGAGAGACGACGAUAGAUGAUUGAUCAGUCCUCUCUUCCCUCCCGAAUGGAAGAUUGAUCAAUCCCAGACGAAUAAACUACUGUAGGUUUUCUCGGGGGUCGCCUUCCCGUCCUCCCCCUCGUUGUUGUUCGGCUCGAUCUGAUCGACAGAUCAAUCGGUUCCAGAGGAAUGAAUCUCCUCCCCGGUUGGCUUGAUUAAUCCUCCCUUUUGUUCGUUCUGGCGAGUCCAUUUCGAUUUGGGAUUCCUGUACAUCAUCGUCGGCCCGGCGGUUUCUUGAGUCCCAUCUUGUAACAGGUCUCUGUUACUCGGCAAUUCGUUGCGUGCUCUGCUUGACUGCUUCUGCUUGCCUCCGAGGGAGGAUUAGCUAAACUCGGACGGCUGAGACAGAAGACGCGAUGGCGGCGACGACGGCGACGACGACGGAGUCCGAGGGCGCGACGACAGAUGAGGACGUGCAUCUUUCGCCGACUUGCGUCUGUGGUGGUGGUGGCGGCGGAGGCGGCGGUGGAGGCGGAGGCCGAAUCAAGAUCCUCUGCAGCUUCGGCGGCCGCAUCGUGCCCCGCCCGUCCGACGGCGUGCUCAAGUACGUCGGCGGCGAGACCCGCGUCCUCGCCGUGCCCCGCUCCAUCCCCUUCCACGAGAUGAAGAAGAAGGUGGAGGAGAUGUUCAAGACGGACGUGGCGGCCAUCAAGUACCAGCUCAUCUCCCUCACCGAGGACCUCGACGUGCUCGUCUCCGUCACCUGUGACGAGGACCUGGUCCACAUGCUCGACGAGUACGACCGCCUCGAGGCGAAGCGGUCGCCGACCGCGUCGCCGCGCUUCCGCGUCUACGUCUUCGCGCUGCAGCCCGCCGCACGCCUCCCGUCGGCUGCCGCCACCGUGUCCUCCUCUUCCCGCUUGGCCGGCUACUCGCGCCAUCACCCGCACCAUCACCACCACAACCAUUUCCAGCCGGAGUGCUACGUUGCCACCGUGCCCGUCACGCCCAACGGGAGCCCGCCGUACUCCGCCCUGAAGCACGGCGCCGUCUCGGCGGACAACUCCCCGCGCGCUAACGGGCUGGGGAUGCAGCGCGUCCGGAGCACGCCGAAUCUCGGCACCCUGGACGCGGCGCCGCAGCACUUGCAUCCGCACGCGGCGGAUAUCGGGGACGGCUUAGCGGGAGGAUACAUGAGCAGUUCGCCCCGGCACGCCGGCGCCAGUCCGCUCUUAUUGCGGAACAGCUUCCCCCACUACCAGCACCAGUACCAGCCGGCGCCCGUACCCGUGACGCACCAAACCGGGCGGUACGACGCACGCGGGUAUGUCCGGGUGGGCAACUACGUUGCGCCGAUGGUGCCGGCGGCGGUCCGGUCGUCGGACCGGCCGGUAUCGAGGGGCGGGCCGCCGCCGCACGGCGAGAUGCAGACGCAGAGGAAGGCCGCACUGGUGUGGGACUGACGGCCGUCCGUACGCCGGAGGGAGGGGCAGGUAGUCGAGUUGUGAGUUGUGACUUGUGACUUGUGAGUGAUUCGAGUGGCUGAGAUGUAAAUAGAUGGAUGGCUGGAUGAUGCACGCGGCCUUGUUUUAGCUGCUGGAAUUUGUGUCCACGCUGAGAAGUGAAAUAUGCCUUUUUCACGUA